UGGAUGUGGAACUGUACAAGCUGAAGUCACUGCACUUACCUCUCAGCCAAGCUGACUAGAAUACCCUGCCUGCCUGUACUGUCGCUCUCUCUCUCUCUCUCUCUCUCUCUCUCUCUCUCUCUCUCUCUCUCUCUCUCUCUCUCCUUCCCUCCUAGAGUUGGAGCGCUGAGAUUUGGAAAGUGCGCCUCAGACCCACUUUUGGUCAGCCUAAAGACUGUACAGAGACGGUUUUCCACUCCUCUCUCUUCCCUUCGAUCCAACUCUCAGUCACUCUCUCACUUGCUCCCUCUCUCACUGCAGAAGCACAUGGACUACAUUUUCUCCAGAGAGACAGAGAAAGAAGCAAAACAAAAAUAACAUUUGUUCCACCUGCCAUUGGUGAAAAUAUUAAAAUUGUUCUGUUUUUGGACAAACUCGGACCAGCUUUCAAACCAGCGGCAUUGCAACGUUUAUUUUCAUAUAUUUUUAUUCUCUUUCGUUCCUUUGAAAUUGACUGAUCUGAUACCAUCCUAAUUUCUCUGGGAGACAUGCGUGGCUGAAGGAGAAGAGGAGCCAGAGACCAACCUGAUAUUAACACCUCGUUGACACCCUCUCACAUCCCGUUCCUCCAUCUACCAUUCAACGCUUGGAGGAGAGAAAAAAAGUUGCUAGCAGCUAAACCUAGAGCCGGGGAGUCAGAUGACCAUGCUGUUGGCUCCUGUCUGUGUGCUGCUGCUGCUGGGGGGCCGUGUCCUUGGAGGAGGCUACCCCCCCAUGCCCCAGAUGAAGUACAUGCAGCCCAUGAUGAAGGGCCCUGUGGGACCUCCCUUCCGAGAGGGCAAGGGACAGUACCUCGACAUGCCACCCAUGAUGGACGUAAAGGGCGAGCCAGGGCCCCAAGGAAAACCUGGACCAAGAGGCCCAACUGGGCCCUCGGGACUUCCGGGAAAACCAGGGCUGGGGAAACCAGGUCUCAAUGGCCAACCUGGCCUUCAGGGGCCUCCAGGCUUUCCGGGCAUUGGGAAGCCAGGACUUCCGGGUCUCCCAGGAAAAGGGGGAAUUAAGGGGAUGACUGGGAAUAAUGGCGAGGUUGGACUCCGGGGUGAACCAGGCCCCAGAGGACUUCCAGGUCAACCAGGUCUCCCCGGCCCAGCUGGCCUGUCUCUUAAUGGCAAACCUGGCCUUCCAGGUGGGAGUGGCCAACCUGGGUCUCGUGGAGAACCAGGACAGAAAGGUGGGCCUGGAAAUCCUGGGGAGCGUGGACUCAAGGGAGAGAAUGGCAAUGGGAAUCCUGGAUUGCCAGGAACCAGGGGCCCCAAUGGGCUCAGGGGCCCCCCAGGGCCAGCUGGUAAUCAGGGCAUGGGAAAACCAGGACUUGACGGGCUUCCUGGUCCUUCUGGGCCUAAAGGGGACCAGGGGCUCCCAGGAGGAAUAGGAGAGCCAGGGAAGGCUGGAGGUCCAGGGCUGCAAGGCCAGCCAGGAUCCGUCGGAUUGGGCAAGCCUGGUAAUGAUGGAUUGCCUGGAGGACCCGGUCCACUUGGGCCUAAAGGUGAGCCAGGACAGCGGGGUUCUCCAGGGUUUCCUGGAGGUCCUGGCUAUGGCAAACCUGGUCUACCAGGGACAAAGGGAGACAAGGGCCUUUUCGGGGGACCAGGCGUUCCUGGAGAUAAGGGAGAGCCUGGGAUGGCAGGACAGCCAGGAGACAUGGGCCCAGAUGGACAGCCAGGACCACCAGGAAUACAGGGCCCCAUGGGGCUUUCAGGAAAACACGGCAUGCCUGGCCUGAAGGGAGAUUUGGGUCCACAGGGGCAUCCAGGUCUGCCAGGGAUCAGAGGGGACCAGGGUCCUGGUGGUAUGUCUGGAAAACCAGGCAUUCCUGGAGACAAAGGGCUCCCGGGCCCUAACGGGGCUAUCGGAAAACCUGGGCCCAAAGGCGAGGCAGGGCACAUAGGCCUGCCAGGAAAUCCAGGUCUGUUAGGCAAUCCUGGACCAAAAGGGGAGCUUGGGUUUGUUGGGUCUCCAGGACCAAGAGGCCAGUCUGGAAUCCCCGGUCUGCAGGGGCCUUCAGGGCCAAUGGGGCCACAGGGUAUCCCAGGUCUGAAGGGCGAACCUGGGCUGCCGGGUCUUCCAGGUCUGGGCAAGCUCGGAGAAAAAGGAGUUCCAGGUCCCCAAGGUCCCCCAGGAAAGCCCGGCAACUCUGGAUUCAACGGCAACCCCGGCCCUCCAGGGCCCCCCGGGCCCCCUGGCCCUGCAGGAAACGGACAAACCGGGGUGGCUGGGCUAACGGAUUCAGGGCUGGGUGGGGACGAGGUACCAGACGGGAGGAACGGAAAACCACAGUUUGGCCGUGCAGAUCUCUCCGCCACCCUGGCUCCCGCGUUUACCGCCAUCCUCACCACAGCCUUCCCUCCCUCUGGGACGCCCAUCAAGUUCGACAGGACCCUGUACAACGGGCAGAAUGCCUACAACCCUGCCACCGGUAUCUUCACCAGCCCCAUGUCUGGCGUCUACUACUUUGCCUACCACGUGCACGUAAAGGGAUUCAGUCUGUGGGUGGCACUGUACAAGAACUAUGUUCCAGCCACAUACACCUACGACGAGUACAAGAAGGGCUACAUGGACCAGGCGUCCGGUAGCGCCGUCCUUGAGCUGAAGGAGAACGACCAGGUGUGGAUGCAGAUGCCCUCGGAUCAGGCUAACGGGCUCUACUCCACCGAAUACAUCCACUCGUCCUUCUCAGGGUUCCUGCUCUGUCCCACAUAAUGGCCUGCUAGUCAACUAUCACCUAAGGUGCCUUCUGAUGUCCCUGUAUCAAAACACCGGCAGCCAGAAUAACACCACCUGUAUAAUGUUAUCAUCAACAACAUCAACAACGACAGGAAAAGACGUUGUGAACAGAAGAUGGAGAAUUCAAAAGCAGGAGAAGGAUACUUCAUGCUGUGCUCUGUUUUUUAUCUCUUUCUUUAAAAUGUCUGUUUUUUUAUUUUUACUUGUUUGUUUUUUUAGCUUAUAUUAUUAUAAUUAUUAUUAUUGUCAUAAUUGUUAUUAUUAUUAUUAUUUUGUCAUCGUUGUCUGUAUUGUUGUUGUUUAUUGGAUUCGGACUAUUAAGUACCUUACUUUGUCUAAGUAACAUUUAUUAUGCUGCGUUCAUAACUAUUUGGGAAGGUGGUAAAUACCAUUUGGAUGCAAUCACGUUCUUUGAACUCAUUGAGAAACGUCGAUUGGCUAACAGCUAUCGUGCUUGUAAAAUAUUAUGGUGUUUAAAAACCAUAUUAAUAGCUUGCUUUUUAUAAAUAAUGUUUUGUUGUUGCAUUUAACUGUCAUAAAUACUGUUAUAAUUUCCUUAGUAGGUGACGUUGGAAGUCAGCAUGUGGGAGAAGUCGGAGCUCAGCGAUGAUAGACGAGUUUCCCACUAGUAAUUACCAGUUAGAGGAGCUUUAAAUUGUUUUUUUUUUAUCCAGUCGUAUGUGGUAAAUACAACCUUCCCACUUGGUUAUGAACGUAGCAUUAGACCUACCCAUGUGACUGCACAUCCUACCCAAAUGCUCUGACAUCAGUAGGAUGAAAUCGUCAGACCCUGGGGCUCUGAUUGGUUCCCCUGGCUGCAGUCACUUCCUGCACAAAAACCUCCCAUUUUCUUCUGUGUGCGCGUCCUUCCUAUUUAAAUCAAUAUUUCACAUAAAGAUGUACCAUUACACAUACAGUAUGAAGUGUAUAUUCAUUAAACAAUUCCUUAUGUGAAAUAAUAUCCAAUACUUUUCACUUUACUUAAAAAAAUGUUUUUUAAAUGACCUGUUAUAGGGAUCGAUGGAUCAUUGUUUAUCAGUAUGCUCUGAUGUUUUGACAGUCAACUUCUAGUUGUCUGUUGGGUGCUAAUUUUCUGGUUUUGGAUCAUGGCUAUGACUUGACCAAUAAGAAGUCAUUGCUGGUCAUUCUAGAAGGUGACGGUUUUGGAUCAUGGCUAUGACUUGACCAAUAAGAAGUCAUUGCUGGUCAUUCUAGAAGGUGACGGUUUUGGAUCAUGACUAUGACUUGACCAAUAAGAAGUCAUUGCUGGUCAUUCUAGAAGGUGACGGUUUUGGAUCAUGGCUAUGACUUGAUCAAUAAGAAGUCAUUGCUGGUCAUUCUAGAAGGUGACGGUUUUGGAUCAUGGCUAUGACUUGACCAAUGAGAAGUCAUUGCUGGUCAUUCUAGAAGGUGACGGUUUUGGAUCAUGGCUAUGACUUGACCAAUGAGAAGUCAUUGCUGGUCAUUCUAGAAGGUGACGGUUUUGGAUCAUGGCUAUGACUUGACCAAUAAGAAGUCAUUGCUGGUCAUUCUAGAAGGUGACGGUUUUGGAUCAUGGCUAUGACUUGACCAAUAAGAAGUCAUUGCUGGUCAUUCUAGAAGGUGACGGUUUUGGAUCAUGGCUAUGACUUGACCAAUAAGAAGUCAUUGCUGGUCAUUCUAGAAGGUGACGGUUUUGGAUCAUGGCUAUGACUUGACCAAUAAGAAGUCAUUGCUGGUCAUUCUAGAAGGUGACGGUUUUGGAUCAUGGCUAUGACUUGACCAAUAAGAAGUCAUUGCUGGUCAUUCUAGAAGGUGACGGUUUUGGAUCAUGGCUAUGACUUGACCAAUAAGAAGUCAUUGCUGGUCAUUCUAGAAGGUGACGGUUUUGGAUCAUGGCUAUGACUUGACCAAUAAGAAGUCAUUGCUGGUCAUUCUAGAAGGUGACGGUUUUGGAUCAUGGCUAUGACUUGACCAAUAAGAAGUCAUUGCUGGUCAUUCUAGAAGGUGACGGUUUUGGAUCAUGGCUAUGACUUGACCAAUAAGAAGUCAUUGCUGGUCAUUCUAGAAGGUGACGGUUUUGGAUCAUGGCUAUGACUUGACCAAUAAGAAGUCAUUGCUCUAUCCAACUUGUGUAAGAUCCACACAAAGCAGGGGACACAUAGAGACAGCAGUAUUAAACAUGGAAGAGUAACCAUGCUUUCCCCCGUUUUCCUCUUCUUUGAAAAAGCAUCAAUAGUAACCAGUAACCUAAAGAAUUAUAAAUACUGUAUAUAGAACACAUUAAAUAGACAAAUAAAUAAAUCUAUGAAUAAAUGUGUAAGUUAAUCAUUAUAUUAAUAAAUAGAUUAUGCGUCAGCUAAUAGACAGAAAUUGUGGGCCAAAUGCGUUCGGAUCAAUGUCAUGUUUCCCUGCAUCGAUCCAUUCUGUGGGUAUUCCCAUUUACUACCUGCAUUGCAGCUCCCAUGUCACCCUCAUUUCGUGCUCUAUGGCACACACAUAUUGAUGACAUCACUGCUUCUUGUGUCCGCUAACGCCAUGGCUGUGGCCGAGCAAUCAAUGCCCUAGUACCUUUCACAUUAACAUUUAGAGUGAACGUUCUGAGGGAUAGCUCACAUUAAAAGCCUCAUUCUGUCUACAAACUACAAAGCACAUCACAACUACAAAUCACAUUAACAACUGGCUAAAGGCCAUCCAACCUGUUUCUACAGAGUAACCCUUUCAAGGUUCAGAUGAAACCCAAUGGGUGCAUUGGGUGCAGUUCAAAUGAUCUUACACAACGCUCCCAGUAUUUGGUGCUAUAGUUAUCUCAUUGUAAUGAUAAAUGUACAGUAACAAUGCAUAAUCCUCCACAAGCCUCAGUAUAACAUAAAGGCUAUACAUUAAUUUUCCACCUAAAGAUACAUCCGCAACUAAAAUGGUUUGUCCAUUGCUUGGUUAAAUGGAACAUCUGAUGUUGCCACAGUAUAUUCCUUGUGGAAGUCCUGUGACAGGAUAUGAAAGGUUAACUUUUGGAAAUGACCAUACAUGAAACUCCAUAAUAAGUCAUGAGAGAGAGAGAGAGAGACAGAGAGAGAGAGAGAGAGAGAGAGAGAGAGAGAGAGAGAGAGAGAGAGAGAGACACUG